UUUAGUCUAGAUGAGAGAAUGCUAAUGAAAAAAAUUUAUUCUGAAGGUGCAGCAGGGCAGAACUGGAAACAUGGAGAAAGAAAUAUCACUUCCACCAACCAAACCUGACUUUACAUCUCCCCCACCCUUAUUCAAGACAGGAAUCCCAUCAAACAGAAACAGCGCCUCUUCUCAGUCGCAGACGAGCACUGCAGCCAGAAAAGCCAGUUCAGGCAUCGGGAAGUGGCAGGAGCGAUAUGGGAGGGCUGAGUCGCCUGAGUUAAGAAGGCUUUCUGGCACUAUAGAUGUAAUUGGACAGACCAUCACAAUCAGUCGAGUAGAAGGAAGACGGCGUGCCAAUGAAGACAGCAACAUACAGGUUUCAUGUUUCUUUUUUACAUGCUUAGUAGUAUUCAUUUUGACCUUAGCAUAAGGUUAUAUUUAGAAU